AUGGCAGAAAAUCGAUUCUUACCAAUAAUUGAAGAAGAUGAAUUCGAAAUCGACGACGAUUUCUACGAGAAAAUCGAAGCACCUAAGUUCGUCGACUUCACCGCGCCCGAUAAAUGCCAUCCCGACGAUGAUCGCCACUGGUUCUGCGCACGAUUCGGAUGUGAUCAAAAGCAUGAAGAAGAAUUGGAUUCUGAAGCUAUUUACAAGAGUUUUGUUCUUAGGGUUAUGGCAGCUAGAAGUCCUAAUGUUCGACUCAGAAAAGCUUUGAGUAGAAGAGAAAGAGAAGCAAGUUCAAAUUUGAAGUGCCCUCUUUCAGCCCCAGCAAAGCCAAGGAUGUCAAGAAUGGCUAUAAUUUCCUCCUUGUCGCAUAAGGUAACUGAGAAUACUGUGACAGUUGUUAAACCUCUUUCUAAGGUUACCACAACUCCAGAUGCCAAGGUGAAGCAACCUUCCUCUGUGACGAAGGCUUUAACUACUCCAAGGAAUCAAAAGAAAGUUUCUAAUUUGGAACAGUUUAGAAGUGUUCAGAACAAGAAAUCAAUGACAGUUGCUGUGGCUAAGGCUAAAAGCAGAGUAGUAGCCAAGUCAUUGGUUUUUAACUCACCAAAGAAGGUCAAGACAUUGGUUUUCAACUCACCAAAGGUAGUUGGGACCAAGAGUUCGGUAGAAAUGGAUACAUCCAUGAAAACAUUGUGUUCUGCAAUGAAGAAGCUUGAAUUCACUGGAGUGAAGAAGAAUGGAGAAGAAUGUAAUAACUCAUUGCAGGUGGCUUCCUCUAGAAAGCCGCAAUUCAGGGGACGAGAGGUUAAAAGCCGUGUAUUCAAUUCAUUGUAUUCUAGUAACCGAAAGGAACUGGAAAGUAACACUACUAGUUGUCUAAAGGAGAAGAAAGUGAAAGCAAUGCAGAAACACAAGGUUCUUGUUUCGCAAAGUGACUCUAAUGACAUGGGGAUUGAAGAAAAAUCAAGGAAUGAGUCUAUAGAAAGACGAGAGAGUUCAAUUCUAGCUCUGUCAGAAGCUUCUAGAAAUGAUAUUACCUCGCAGUCAUCAAGGAGUGGCUCUCCAGAAAGAGGAGAGAGUUCAGUUCUAGCUCUGUCAUUAGCUUCUAGAAAUGAUAUUACCUCGUCGCAGUCAUCAACGAGUUGCUCUCUAGAAAGAGGGGAGAGUUCGGUUCUAGCACCGUCCUUAGCUUCUACAGAUGAUUUCACGUUGGUGUCAAGUUCAAAUGAAGAACAGAAAACUUUUGAAGAGAGUGAAAAUGAAGAGAGAAGAAUCACAGUCUUAGACAAGGGAAGAAUUCCUGAAGUCAUUAAAAGAAAGGUUGAAGAAAAUUCAAUGGCUUAUGAUGAUAAAGAAAAUGGGAUCGAAAUUACUGAGAAUGAUGAUGAUAAGGAAAACUCUUCAGCACCUAGUGAGAAUAUCAGAACAAUGAGUACCAACAACAGUGUUGGUUCCAAAUAUGCCGUUCUUGGAAGCAAGCGGGACGAUAGAAAAAUAUAUAAGAAAUCUACACCGACUACAAUGGGUUCUCAAGUUGUAAAAUACAGAAAAUUAAAGCCCACCAAUCCUAAGCCUUUUAAGUUUAGAACUGAUGAAAGGGGAAUUCUCAAAGAAGCAAACUUGGAGAAGAAAAUCACCUCUCCCUUGAAAGAUACCACGGCUAAAGAUGACAAGGCCGCGAUAAGGAAACAUAAAAAUAAAAAUGAUACUUAUAUGUCACAAAGUGAUCGUGACAAUUAUAGCAACUGGGACGAGAAAUCUCACAAAACAGCACAAAGCGAUAAAUCGCACAAAACAACACAAGGACACCAAACUGGAAACAUUCAUAGUGACAACAUUUCCAACAGCAAAGUGAACCAUAAAUUAUCUGCCAAAACACCUCCAAGAAAUCUCGGUGCUGAACUUCAGAAAAAUAUAGUUCUGGAAGAAAAUUUCAAAAGAAAAUCCAAAAUGAUGCAACAUCACGGUGUGAGACCUCUAAGUGUUUUGUCAAGGAAGAAAGAAAAAGCUUUUGUAAAAUCAAAGGAAACAGCAGAGCCAUGUAAACAUGACGACGCGUCUUAUUUACAAGGAAAGAGAGCUUUGACUGUUCCCAAGGAACCAAAGUUUCAUAGUAUCCAUGUGCCCAAGAGCUGCACCACCAGGAAACCAACUUAG